GCUGUCUCGCUCUCCUCCCCCUCUCCUCUCACUCUCCGCCCGCCUCCCUCUCGCCGCUCGCGCUCUCACAACCUCACUCGUCAACAUGGCUGCAGAUAAGGUCAACGCUUUCGUGGGCAAAUGGGAACUCAAAGAGAGCGUGAAAUUUGAUGAUUACAUGAAAAAACUGGGUGUGGGCUUUGCGACGCGUCAGAUGGGAAACCUGACCAAGCCCACCACCAUCAUCUCAGUGGAGGGCGACGUGGUGACGGUGAAGACCCAAAGCUCCCUCAAGAACACGGAGCUCUCCUUCAAGCUGGAUGAGGAGUUCGACGAGACCACCGCCGACGAAAGGAAAGUCAAGUCCUUCGUGAAAGUGAGCGACGAUGGGAAGUUGGUGCACGUGCAGAAGUGGGACGGCAAAGAGACCAGUCUGGUCCGGUCCGUCGAAGGCAACGCCCUCACGCUGACACUUACAAUGGACGAUGUUGUCUCCACACGUCACUACGUGAAAGCGGAGUGAAACCCGCCCGCUGCCCCCCAAAACCUCCUUUAACACCACCUGAACUGAGCCCAGCUGACCUCUCAGCUGCCCUCUACGUCCUUCACACUGUACGCUCAGUAUUAACUUUACGGCUGACUGGGAGCUGCCCUUUGUUUUUCUCGUUGUGCUGUUUGCGCUUCUGCAAGAGAUACUGAAUAAAUUCCAAUGAUUUGUUGUUGUUUAUUUUUUUUCUCUUUAAGAAUCCAGCCCAGCAUUGUUCUGUUUUUUUGAAUGCGUUGUGCACGGUAUCUACGAUAAAACCUGGUACAGCGUUUGGAUUUGAAAACUUCCCUGACUGAGGCCUGAAAAAAAUGAAAUAAAAAUUUCUGCAAUCUUGA